AUGAACCUGACGGAGUUUAACCAGUCUGAUCUCUGUGAGCAUUUCUCCUGUCCAGAGAGAUCUGGAUCUCCUGCAGUUUAUAUCUUACUGUACGUGUGUUCAGCUGCUGUGGUUCUUCUAACAGUGUGUGGAAAUAUGCUCGUCAUCAUCUCUGUUCUUCACUUCAAGCAGCUUCACACAGCGACAAACAUGCUCGUGUUCUCUCUGGCUGUGUCGGAUUUCCUCAUUGGUGCUUUUGUAAUGCCGCCGAUGUUAAUCUGGACGAUCGAGUCAUGCUGGAUUUUUGGGAGAGAUUUCUGCAUCAGUUUUUGGUUAAUUAGUGGUUUCAUUGCAAUCUCGUCCAUCUAUAAUAUCGCUCUGAUCGCUGUGGAUCGGUAUUUGGCUCUCUCAAACCCCUUCCUCUACAUGAACAGAGUGUCUGUGAGGAUCACUGGUAUUGUAAUUGUAUGUGUCUGGUGUGUGGUGCUGGCCUAUAUCUCAUUACUCUUAUAUUACAAUGGAAACUUUCUGAAUUUUGUAAUGUGUCCUGGAGAGUGUUUUAUCUUUCUGAAUGAGGUUUUGUCUGUAAUUGACCUUAUAUUUUCAUUUACAUUUCCACUCUCUAUCAUAAUCAUAUUGUAUACUCGAGUGUUUGUGAUUGCUAAGAAACAUGCCACUGCUAUCAGAGAGCUUAAUAAUCACACACGGCCUAAAACACAGAAAAUCACCUCACACUCGAUGAAAUCUGAGAGAAAAGCAGCUAAAGUCCUGGGCAUUUUAGUGUCUGUGUUUCUGAUGUGUUUACUUCCGUGUUUUAUUUACAGUUUAUUAGGUGAUGUUAUUGAACUACAGACGGAAACAUUUCAGAAACUUGUGAUUGUGCUUUAUCUUAAUUCCACCAUUAAUCCGGUUAUUUAUGCUCUGUUUUACCCGUGGUAUAGGAGGUGCAUUAAAUUAAUUAUAACUCUGCGAAUAUUCCAAACUGACUCUGCUUUAAUCAGUAUUCUUUCAUAA